CAUAUUUAAUUAAUGAAUAUAGUACAGGUUUGUUAAUUAUUUUAUGUGCUUUAUUUUCAAGCAAAAAAACAGGUGAGUACCUAUUUUAUGCCUUAUUCAAUUUAUACAAAAUUAAAACUAUUAAUAAAUUAUUGUAAUUGUGUAAUUAGUUUUCAUUAUAAAUAGGUAAUCCAGUAUGUUCAAAAACAUUAUAUAUAAAUAAUUCUUGAAUAAGUUAAAUUUUUCAAAAAUAUAAUUAUAUAUAAUAUACACACAGUGAUAUACUGGCGUCAUGAAUUUUUUCUACGCUGACAUGAGUUGUCUAACAAGAACAACUAAUACUAUCCCUAAGGAAAAAUGCUCAUAACACUACUGUUGUCUGUUUGGUGAAUUAACAUUGUUUUCAUUUGAAAUGAAUUCAACUGAAAAAAUUUUAAAAACAUUAAGUGCAGAUCAAAUUUCCCAAGUUGUUGCUGGUGUGCAAGCAGAUUUGAAUGAUGAAAUGGUCAAAACAAAACGAACACUAGAUCAAAUCGAUCAAAAUAUUUUCACUUGUAUCAACAAUUUAAAAAAACUCAGAAGAAGCAUCAUAAUAUCACAUUAUGCUAAAAUGAAAAAUAAUACUGAUGGCAAUAAAAACUAUCAAAGGGAUGCCCUUCUCAAAAACUUGGAUUGUGAAGACGAAGCAAAAGAUUUGAGUGUAUUUAUGACACAUCUGAGUAAUGCAUCGGCACGAGUAAAAACUGAACCUAUGAGCAACAUUGAACAACUAAGCAAAACCGUCUCACAAAAUGCUAUGCCUUCUGGAAGCUUUAUUCCUAAGACUGGAUUAAUUGAAUUAACAUUUGUUAUUGGAAAUAUUGUUAAAAUAAGUGAUUCUGAAAAUGAUAUGAAAUACAAAUGGACUGUUUAUGUACGCAAUGCAGAAGAAGGUAUUGACAAUUUGGUUUAUAUUGACAAAGUGACAUAUUUCUUACAUGAAUCCUAUGAACCCAACCAUAUUGUAGAUGUAAUUAAAAAACCAUUUUCAUUAACAAGACAUGGAUGGGGAGAAUUUGUAAUUCGUUUACGUUUGCACUUCAAAGGUAACAUGAAUGUUCAAACUGAUGUGUAUCAUAAGCUGUGCCUGAAUAAAGACAUAACAGUCGGUAUCCCGAUGGUUGCUAAGGAGCAAACUGUUAAGUACAAAUUAUUGCUGCACAAAUAGUAUGUUUUUUUAAUGUACAUUUAGUUUUUGUAAAUACUGUGUACAUAGAAUAAUAACUAUGAAUUAUGAUGUAUUGAACCAUAAAAUUAUACUUUACUUUUAAUUGUAACUAUAUAUAUUAUAUAUUAUAUAAAAAAAAUCUGAUACAAAACAAAAGCUUUUAAAUUAUUAUUUAUCUGAUUCUACAGUACUUCAGUUAGAAUUAAUUAGUAUCUUAGUAUCUAAUAUGUUAAUUAUACAUUUAUUACCUUAAUUUAUACAACCAAUACUGCCUAUUUAUUGUUACCCCAUGUCCUAUAAAUCUACAAUAUUACAAACUUAUAUUAAAAUGUUUUUUUGACAAUACAAAUAAUAUAUAAGUUUAAAAGAUAA